AUGGCCAAACCACAGCCUAGGCCUCUGGCUCAUACAGGCAAGGUCUUGCUGCUGGCAUCACUGCCCACAGGAGCGAGGCUAGAGACUCCCUGCCGGCUCCAGACACAGGCCUGGGGCUGGUGUGCUGGCAGGGGACCCGCAAGACCUGGCCCCCAUGGGCUCCUUCAGCAGGGGUGGCUGGGAAGCAGAGGGCCUGGCCCCGGUGGGUUCCGUUGUGAGACUCCCGGAGAGAACCUCGUGGGCUCGAUGGGGCGGGGCCUGUGGGGGCGGGGCACCUGCCUCUCCUCCAAUCACGGUGCGUUCGAAUCUCCCGCCUGCCCACCAACCCGUUCAGGCUUGGCGCAGGCCGCUACGCCAGCCAAUCGGCGGAGCGAAUCUUCCCACCGCAGCCAAUCGCCCUUCGUUUUCUGCGGCCCAUUCAUCUCCGCCUCUGAGCCAAUCAAAAUCUACCGCAAGUAUUGCCCCGCCCCGGUCCCAGGCUCUUGCCCAAUCACAGGCGGUGCUGUCUCAGACGGCCAAUCAACACCUCCCCUUCCCCGCGGGCUGGCGGCGGCGGGGGGUGGUGGCGGCGCGUGCGUCACUUCCGUUGUCAGGUGGCCGCCGCCGCGCAGCGGAGCGGAGGCCGCGGCCGGGCGUGGGGCUGCGGGACGCGCCGGCGGCCGCGCCGGCCCCGGGGCCAUGGAGCCGAGGAUGAAGCGGCGAGCAUCAGACAGAGGAGCUGGGGAAACAUCCACUAAGGCAAAAGCUCUCUGUGCAGGGAUUUCUGGAAACAAUGCCAAGAGAGCUGGCCCUUUCAUACUAGGUCCACGUUUAGGUAACUCCCCUGUGCCAAGCAUUGUUCAGUGCUUGGCAAGAAAAGAUGGGACUGAUGACUUCUACCAGCUAAAGAUUCUCACCUUAGAAGAGAGGGGUGACAAAGGAAUAGAAACCCAGGAGGAGCGACAGGGUAAGAUGCUGCUGCACACGGAGUAUUCCCUGCUUUCCCUGCUCCACAACCAGGAAGGAGUGGUGCAUCAUCACGGGCUCUUCCAGGACCGAGCUUGUGAAAUUAUAGAAGACUUAGAAGCCAACAGAAUGGUCAGGAAGAUGAAGAAGAGGAUUUGUCUCGUGUUGGACUGUCUCUGUGCUCAUGAUUUCAGUGACAAAACAGCAGACCUGAUCAAUCUGCAGCAUUAUGUCAUUAAGGAGAAGAGGCUGAGCGAGCGGGAGACCGUGGUGAUAUUUUAUGAUGUGGUACGAGUGGUAGAAGCAUUACAUAAGAAAAAUAUUGUGCACAGAGACUUGAAACUAGGAAACAUGGUGCUAAACAAAAGGACUCAUCGAAUAACCAUAACCAACUUCUGUCUGGGGAAGCACCUGGUGAGUGAGGAUGACCUGCUGAAGGACCAGCGCGGGAGCCCUGCCUACAUCAGCCCGGACGUGCUCAGCGGGCGGCCGUACCGCGGGAAGCCCAGCGACAUGUGGGCGCUGGGCGUGGUGCUCUUCACCAUGCUCUACGGCCAGUUCCCCUUCUACGACAGCAUACCUCAGGAGCUCUUCCGCAAGAUCAAGGCUGCCGAGUACACCAUCCCCGAGGACGGUCGGGUCUCAGAGAACACUGUGUGCUUGAUCCGGAAACUGCUGGUCCUGGACCCGCAGCAGCGCCUGACGGCUUCUGAAGUGCUGGACUCUCUCAGCUCCAUCAUAGCUUCCUGGCAGUCCAUGUCCUCGCUGAGUGGCCCUUUGCAAGUGGUGCCAGACAUUGAUGACCAAGUGGCUAACCCUGAAAACCCUCAGGAGGUGAAGGUGACGGAGGAGUGCUCGCAGUACGAGUUUGAGAACUACAUGAGGCAGCAGCUGCUCCUGGCCGAGGAGAAGAACACUUUGCAUGAGGCCAAGAGCUUCCUCCAGAAGCGGCAGUUCGGGAACAUCCCUCCCGUGCGGCGCCUGGGCCACGACGCGCAGCCCAUGAACCCUUUGGACGCGGCCAUCCUGGCCCAGAGGUACCUUCGGAAGUAGCUGCCCCACAGGAGCACAAAGCACCACUCUGCAGUCUGCCUUUCACGUCGCCUACUACUACUACAGCUCAACAGCAAUACCAGUGUCCCGCGGUGGAGAGCCACGUAGCAGUCCUGAGCUCUGCCCCCGGCGGGGAGGGACACACUCAUCACUCGCUCUGGAGAGAGAAGACUUUUUAAUUCAAGAGCUACUUUUGGAAGCAGCAAACCUCUUGGCAUCUUCUGGAAUCUUUUUGGUUUUGUUUUGUUUUUUAAAUCGAAGCCUAGAUGAUGACUAAUCUGCUUUUAAUCAUGACUGUAAUCUACCUCUCUUGUCUUUUUAACCAUGCUGUUCUCUGGAUCGAGCAAAAGCCUGUGGGAAAGGAGAAGACUACCAAGGGUGAAGCUGGCUCCCUGGCCGGGGUGAAGCUGGCUCCCUGGCCGGGGUGAAGCUGGCUCCCUGGCCGGGGUGAAGCUGGCUCCCUGGCAGGCACGGUGGCUGCGGAGAGUCGUUUCGCUCCGUGUGGUUUGAAUAAGCUGAGAUUUACCGGGGGUGGGGAGGGGGAGGUUGUUCUGGAAAGGAAGAAGUCCUUCAAACCUCCCCACUUCCCUUCGUCUGCACCCACUCUGUGUCUGCCCUUCCCGUGCCACCUGGCUUGGCUGUCACCAACCCCGCGGCCGCCACGUGUGGGCUGCAGCACGGCGGCCUCCCAGCGGCACAAACGGCUCCCAGUGACCUGAUGUGACCUGGGGCUGCCCGAGGAGCUCAGCUGCUGCCGCAGGCAAGGUUCCUCCUCGCAGCCAUCGCUGCAAGGGUGGCAUCCUGCCUGCGAGCCAGAGCUUUGGCAGCACUGGGGCCCCUCUCCGACCACUUUUCCCACCUCUCACCGAUUCUUUUAGGUCGUAAGGAUUUAUGAUUUAAUCGUUUUGUUCUGUUUUGUUUUUCAGUAGCUUAUCUAAGGUGCAGUUAAAGUUGCAUUAAUUCUGAGUUAGCCUUUUCACCCUUCAGUUGUGGUACAGAUAGAAGAUAGGAGUUAUAAUGUGAAAAAGCUUCCCAAGAUAAUCUGCCUAGAGUUUAGGAAGGGGCUGGCUGAAGUCUCUGCUGUAUUUGUUUUCCCCAGCUUAUCUUGCCAUCCCAGCCUUGCCACGAACUGGGGCCUGCCUAUGCCAGCCCCACGUGGUGCUGAGGCAGGAGAAGGAUGUCCCCUUUGUCACCUGAGGCCACUGGAAGAGCUUCUGCCUGUGCUGAGAACAGGAACGAUUGUUUCUGAGCCUCAUUUUGUGAACUGGAUGCCUGUCUUGCCAGAUGAACUGUUCUCACACACAUGCCAGGGCUCCCAGUGCCCCAGCCAGGGCUCCUGCUCGAGGCAGCAGCUUUCCAGCUGCCUCCCUCCCCUGCUCCUAGUCCUGUGGCAGCUCUGGCCUCCUCCUCUCCUGCCAGCCUCAAGCUGCUGUGGCCUCAGCUGCGGGGGCUGCCCUGCAUUUCAGUGCCAGCUCUGACCCACAGCGAGUGCCAGCAGGGAGUGAGGGGCAGAUCUUUGUAGCAUGUUGUUGCCUUCUCUUGCCCCAGGCUGGGGUAGUGGCCUGUGUCUGGCCUGGUGCCACCCUACAGGUGUCUUUGUGGGGACAGGGACUGACCCAAACCCCUCAGCAGCAUCGGGCAUUACCUUGCCUGCCCACUUGUUCCUAGCAGCAGGCAGGGCCUUGUGAACACUAACACAGACCAGAACAGUUGCCCCCACCCCAGCCAGCUGAGCCAGUAGCCUCAAGUCUUAGCCUUAUUUAUUUUGAAGAGGGUAGGUCUGUCCUGGCACCCCCUCAGCAUGCCCUCAUUGCCCCUUCUCUGCCACCAGCAGUAGAACAGCCCCACACACACCUUCCCCAGCCCUGAGCAUCCUUGGAGCUGGGGGGGGAUGUCUCUGCUCUCUCCAUUGGGUUUCCUCCUCUUUCCCUCCCACCUCUUUUGUUUUAUUUUCCCAAAGUCAAAGCAAUAUUCUGGAGCCUCUGCAAGGCUCUUUCACCCCCAGCAUCCCUGCGCCAAUCAUCGCCAGUAACUCACACUUGUAUUAAAGCAAACUGGAACUGGGGAGGGGUGCGGGGAGGGCUGGAGCAGCUGUGGAGAGGGGUGUGGGGGGGGGGCGGGAGAUGUGCGUGGGCAGAGGGGGCCGUGCUGUGGGAAGGAGCCUGUUGUAAGGAGCCUGUUGUAAAGAAAAUGGAGGAAGAAAAAAAAAGAAAAAGAGAAAAAAAAAGAAACAAGGAAACCAAAAUUGUAUAAAGACAUUAUUUUUGUACUGCCUGGGAGCUGCUCCUGCAUGUUGGCAAUAAACCUUCAGACCCAGAGCCCGGCGAGCCCGUGGGGAUUGGGGGGGAGUGGGACCUGUGAAAAAUCACCGUGGGGACAAGCCCACAGCCCCAUCUUGCCCCCUUGGCACCCAGAUUCCCU